AUGAGUUUUGAUUCGACGUCAUCGUUAGGUUCUGUCAGUACGGUAAACGUCUAUCCACAUCGAUCGUUAACCGUUUCAAAUACAAAUUCGACAGAUGAUUCACAUUUUCAAACUGUUUCUGUUUAUUUAUAUUCAUUUAAUCCGACUUCCUCUGAAGAUCGGAUUAGUUUUGGUUUCCAUAAAUGGGCAACCACUGAAGAACUUAUUGAAAAAGUUCUGCAACAAAAAGAAGAAUUGGCGCAUCAGUGUGCUGAUGAUUAUGAACUAUACGAAAUUAUGGGUACACUGGAUGGGCAGACAUUCAAAGAACGAAAACUUGACCGGGGCGAAUAUCCGGUAGCUGUACAAAUGUUGUGGGCACGACCGAUGCACGGAGCAAGCAACGAAGCCGCACCAAAAAACCGUUUAGUAUUGAGACAUAAAGAUUCAUCAAUGUUAUCCGAUGGUGUACAUUUUGGAUCCAUGAAAACAUCUAAUAUCGAUUCAUUCUUAGCCAAAUUCUUGACACAACCUCAGGACCGUGAGUAUCCAGAUUUAUGCAUGCUUCCAGAGCUUACGGAACAAACGUUACUUGAUAAUCUUAAGGAUCGCUUUGCUAGUGGACACAUCUAUACCUAUAUCGGUCCAAUUUUGUUAGCUGUUAAUCCGUUUAACUUCUUUCCAAUCUAUAAUCCAAAGUAUGCUCGGCUGUAUUCUCAAAUUCGACAGCUCUCCACUAUGCCACCACAUAUUUUUGCCAUUGCUAAUAUUACAUAUCACAGCAUGUUACGAAUUAAGAAAAAUCAGUGUAUUGUGAUAAGUGGGGAAUCAGGUUCUGGAAAAACUGAGUCAACAAAUUUCUUAUUACAUCAUUUCACCACACUCAGUCAAAAAGGUUCCAGUACUGGAAGUUCCGUUGAAAAAACUUUACUUUCUGCCGGACCUGUACUUGAGGCAUUUGGAAAUGCAGUGACAGUGCAAAAUAAUAACAGCAGCAGAUUUGGGAAAUUCAUCAGAGUGAAUUAUCGCGAAAAUGGAAUGGUCUCGGGAGCAAAUGUUGAAAUUUACCUGCUGGAGAAAUCACGAAUCAUUUCACAAGCUGUUGACGAAAGGAACUAUCAUGUUUUUUACUAUUUAUUAAAUGGUGCGUCGGAUGAGGAGCGACGAAGACAUUACCUGAUGCAACCAACCGAUUAUAGCUACCUUAAUCAGAACAAUUUUUAUGCAGCGGAGGGAGUAAAUGAAUGUUACGAAUAUCAAAGACUCAAAUUUGCUAUGGAUGCUGUCGGCUUUUUACAACAAUCCCAACAAAAUAUGUUCGCUGUUAUUUCGGCUGUAUUACUUCUUGGGAAUAUACAGUAUGUGAGGAGAAGUGGUUAUCAUAGUGAUGAGAAUGUUUCUAUUGGUAAUGAAGAGGUAUUAGGCAUUAUUUCGACAUUAUUGCAUAUCAAGGCAUCCAACUUACAGCAAGCUUUAACGAUGCGUCGGACAGUGAUGAAAAACGAUGUCGUCAUUUCGCAGUAUAAUGUUAGCGAAGCAAAAGAUACACGCGAUGCAAUGGCGAAAUGCCUGUACAAUGCUUUGUUUCAUUGGAUAGUGUUACGCAUAAAUCAAGCGUUGCUGAAAAAAGAACGGCUUACAUCAAAAAUGGGAUAUUAUAUUGGUAUCCUGGAUAUCUUUGGAUUCGAAGAUGUUGGUGGAAAGUGGAACUCAUUCGAGCAGCUCUGUAUCAAUUAUGCAAAUGAACAUUUGCAGGCUUACUUCAAUCAACAUAUCUUUCAGUUCGAGCAGGAAGAAUAUCUAAAAGAAGGAAUUACUUGGACGAACAUUGAAUAUACCGAUAAUACUGAAUGUGUUCAAUUGUUUCAGAGCAAACCAUAUGGCAUAUUACGGUUGAUUGAUGAGGAAAGUAAUAUCAACAAUGGAACGGAUGAAUCAAUGCUCGACAAACUCAAUCAUUUCCUUAAAAACAACGAAUACUACGAGACACCUCAAAAGCGUGAAUCAGCCUUUAUUAUCGCUCAUUAUGCGGGAAAAGUGAAAUAUCAGAUUAAGGGUUUUCGUGAGAAAAACAAGGAUUUGAUGAGACAGGAAGUACUGAUGGCAAUCAAGAAAAGUAAAAGUGCAUUUGUUCGUGGAUUGGUUGGAAAUUAUCCGGUUGCGGUAUUUCGAUGGGGCAUGCUGCGAGCAACUUUUCGGGCAGUAAACGCUUUCUCGCAGGCUGGAAAAUUGGCGAAAAAAACAGAAAAUAUAGAACAUUCAAAGCUGUCACAUAAUAGUAAGACGACAUUAACUGGGAUUGGUUCGGAUACGCAUCUAAAUGCUUUCCUACGUGGUGAAAUAAAUCGGGAAGUGGUACCAUCAUUUUGUGACACAUCAUUUUUCACCACAAUUGUUAGCCACGCUCGAAAACAACCAAAUGUACAAGUAGAAGAUUGUCACAGUGCUCUGAAAAGCUUACAGGCAGUGAAGGCUUUUUCGGAAAAAAAGAGUAUCACCGGAAAGCCAUCUUCCGUUGGGAAACAGUUCCAGCAUUCGUUAUCGCGACUGAUGAAAACAUUGUCUCAGGCAACGCCUUAUUUCAUCAGAUGUAUUAAAUCUAACAAUGAGAAGAUUCCGAAUCAUUUUGACGAUAACAUUAUUCUUCGACAAUUACGUUAUACAGGCAUGCUCGAGACAGUACGAAUACGUCGAGCUGGUUAUAGUGUUCGCAUAGAAUAUGAGGAUUUUAUUAAGCAAUAUCGAGUCCUUCUACCAAAAGGCUGUGAAAGUACCACAGAAGACGUUAAGGAAUUUAUCACACAUUACCCAUUGAUUAAUAGUAAUGAAGUGCAGUUUGGAAUCAGCAAAGUAUUUAUGCGUGAUGCUGAAAAGUUGAUUCUGGAUGACCACCUUCAUCGAGUAAUUAUAAAACAUAUCGAAACGUUACAGAGAUAUAUUCAAGCUCUGGUGACAAGGCGUAAAUAUAUCAAAUUGCGCAACACCAUUAUUGCAAUGCAGGCAGCUACUCGCGGGAUGAUUGUGAGAAAUCAUUUACGUGAAGUGUAUGAUGCAGCUUUGAUGAUUCAACGAAACUGGAAGCGUUUUAAGGCAGAGCAAAGGUAUCAACAAAUUCGACGCGCUGUUGUCGUUAUACAAUCUUAUUAUCGUGGCGCCUGUGCUAGGAGACAAUAUGAAGAAAUGAAAAGAAAAAGCGAUCCGAAGAAAUACCCGCCAAAUUUCAAAAUAACAAAGGUUGUAAGAAAAAUGGAAUUGGCAUCGUUUAAUCUGAAUGACCCCGAAUCUCUGGCACAAUUUGCUGGUUCCGAUGAGGAUGAGGAAGAGCUCUCAAUAGCAUCAACAAGUGUUAGUAUUCUGGAUGAAGAAGAAGAUGGCGAAAGCACUCGCAGUUCAAUUCAAUUCGAUAGCAAUCAUCUGGAAACAGAACUCGAUGCGACAUUCAUAUUGGAAGAUAAGAAAUUGAAACUUAUAGAGGUACCUCGAGAUUCAACAAUUUUCAAAAGGCGGAUAAGUUCAGCAUCAACUGGAACAACGAAAAAGACGAAAAUGUUGCGAAGAGCUGCAAGCACAGAGACCGAUCGCAUUUCAAUUUCUGAACAUAUGAUACUUUCGAGUCCGGAAAGUAAGAGCAAAAGUAGAAAGAUGGCUUUCAUGCGAGCUAAGAAGCACUUGAAAGCGUUUUUAUCACGACAUAGUGACAGUAUCUUAAGUAUUGGUGAAAGUCGAGACUCGCUUACUGCAAGCACGACACUGGUCGAAGCAACUAAAGCACCUGUCUCAGUGGUAACGCAACAUAAUUUGAAACUCAGUCGAUUGCAUCGUAAUGAAACUUGUGUAUUGUGCAAUAAGAAUUUCACAGGUAUACUGGUAAAAGGGAACAAGUGCACAGAAUGUAAACUAUCAUUUCACAAAGAAUGCUCCUCGUUCGCGUCGAAUAUUCCUUGUCACGUAAUGACUCACUCGUUUCGUCCGAAUGACAUGCCGCCGAAAAAGGAGUGGGAAACAAAACCAUCUUGGCUGCCGAAGCAAUCAUUUGCACCACUCGUUUUUCACCCUGCCAAAUCUUUCAGUCUGCAUAAAGCCAAACAGCAGACUGAUCCGAGCGAUAUGAUUAUUGAAAGUUACAGCGAUCUCAGACAGUUCAAUGUAUUCAUUUUCAAAAAACUAAUGAAAUUGGAAAGUAAUAAGAAGAAAAGGGACACACGAAUUGACGCAAUUUUCAAGAAAGCCUUCAAGGAAUUUCACAUGGAAAUUAUUGGCUAUGAAGCGGUAGUCAGUGAAAACAAAACGAUGCUGAAGUAUCACGAUCUCAUCACUAUUUUCGAAGGUUCGCUGACUAAAGUUUCAGCUCAAGAACAGGUGACAUUUCCCACCACUCUCGGUGUAAAUGCAUUUCGCGGAUUUCUUAAUGAAUUCCUGCACGAGCAAACAAAAAUGAAGAAAUCAAGCAAAAAAUCGAACGUCCUUGAGAAUGUUCGCAAGAAACGAAGAAAAUCAGAUGCAACGGUGUCAUAUAAUGGUCAUCGAUUCAAAUUAGAAUAUGUUCACGUGCCAACGUAUUGUGAAAUGUGUAAUUUGUUCAUGUGGCAUGCUGAAAAGAUUUUCAUUUGUAAAGCGUGCCGCAUAAGCUGUCAUAAGAAAUGUCAUACAAAGAUUGCAACAAGUUGUUCGCAAUCGUUACAGCAAACAAAUUUGCAAUCGGGUGGACGGUUUUUUGGCGCUAAUUUAAGCAGCCUUAUGGAUGACCAAGAAACAGUCCCAAUUGUUAUCGACAAACUCUUUAUGGCCAUUGAAUUGAAAGGUCUUUUUGUUGAAGGAAUUUAUAGGAAAAGCGCGGCAAUUGGACAAGUACGUAAUGUACGUCGAACAAUUGAAAAUGCAGAAUUGGAGACGCUAUCGUUUGAUGACGUCUCGACGCAUGUCAUAACAACUUUAGUGAAAUCGUUUUUCCGUGAGCUUCCGGAACCUCUUAUUACUUACGAUCUCUACGAGAAUUUUCUGAAUGCUUCAGAAGUACAAGAAAGUGCUGAACGAAUAAGAUGUUUGAGUGUAAUAGUAGAAUUGUUACCAAAAUGUAACAAAAGCGUUUUGGAUCGAUUGCUAUAUCAUUUGGCACGUGUUGCUAAUCAGGAAUCAGUAAACAAAAUGGGUGCUGCGAAUUUGGCACUUAUCUUUGCACCAUGUAUUUUGCGUACCAAUCAAACAUUGCGUGCGCAAGAUCAACUACGAGACGUUGAACGACAGGCUGUCUGUGUACAAGCUUUAAUCGAAGAGAAAUUACGGCAAUUCCGCUCAACGUUAACUGAAAUUGUUUCACUUGAAACUGCUGGUGAAAAAAUCGUUGAGAAUUUGCGCUUAAUCGAUGAGCACAAAGAUUCAAUGGAGAAAGAAAUUCAAACUUCAAGUGAACAUUUCGAAACUGCUCGCCAGUUAUUUGUGGAACAGUUGGAAUUUUUGGAUAGCGAAAAAGAAAAGCUCAUUCAAGAAUUGCCACCAAUGGCGCCGGUAGCUUCAUUGGAGGAUCUUUCAUCGUUCGAGGAGUGCAAUAAUUCGCCAUUGUUGAUCGAGGAAGAACCCCAGGAAGAGUAUGCGCUCGAUCUCAAUGCUCCUCCAAUCUUCAACACUUUAAAGAAUGUAACCAAGUCCCGCUCACGAGGACCACCAAGACGUCCACCUAGUUAA